ACGAGCGACUCGAAAAAAAAAAAAAAAAAGCCCUGUGACUUCUACGGUGGCUAUAACACGCUAAAACGUUGAAUCGGCGCAUUCGGUGCUUAAAGCUCAAUCCAGAGUAGCCACCGAAGCUUAUCUUUUCCCCACUCGAGAGAAUUCCUCAGGAUAUACGUGGAGAAAUUAUAAUUUCCUCUUACAUCUCUGAAGAGUGGUGUUUUUUGGGAUGGAUUCAGUCAUAGUAGUGCAUAAUGGUGGAUGUCAUUGUGGAAGAGUGAGAUGGCUAGCCAAAGCACCAAGCAGUGUUGUAGCUUGGAAGUGCAACUGUUCUGAUUGCUCCAUGAGGGGACACAUCCACUUCAUUGUCCCUUCUGAAAGGUUUGAGCUUCUUGGAGAUUCCAAACAAUACCUCACAACAUACACUUUUGGUACACAUAUGGCUAAGCAUACAUUCUGUAAGGUCUGUGGCAUAACGUCAUUCUAUACUCCUCGAUCAAAUCCAGAUGGAGUUGCAGUUACAUUCAGAUGCGUGGAUCCAGGAACACUCACCCAUGUUGAAAUCAAGUAUUAUGAUGGCCAAAAUUGGGAGCGCUCGUACAAUCAAUCUAAUAUUGCUUCAUGUUCAAAGGCAGAUGUGCCAGUUUGAUUAGAAGCAUGUUAUAGUCACUGGUAGCUGGUACGUGCUUGUGCGAAAGUCGCAUGUUUUGGCUCUCAUUGUAUUGUGAGCAUAGAAUAACAUUUUGUUUCUAAAGGGAGGAUAAGAAGGGAACUUUAUUUUUGUAUUUUACCUACAAACCAACCAUUACGAGUGACACUUGUCAGAGACUUCUUUUUUUUUU